CUAACACAAGCCGAAAAACAAAGCCAAGCCAAAAAAGCCCACCACAAGCACACGCACACGCGCACUUGACACACAAAACAAGCGAGCAAGGAGUCAUAGAGGCAAGCCACGCUCACCCACCUUCGUCCUCCCUCCCCUUGACGCACACACGAACACCGGCGCCCGUUGCCAGCACCGGCCCAUUCUCUUUCCCUUUUUGUGUGUGACGUGAGUGUGUGCAUUCGCUUGCCACGCUCCUUUGUUCCUCCUUCCCCUCUUUCUGGUUGGUUCGUUUGUGGUGUCAAGCAUAAGGGCGGACCUCCCAUCCCAGCAGGCCUGUGUUCGCUCUGCCCAUCUCCAGCCACCAAUCUCUCGCGGCUACACACGAGCUGUCGCCCUUGCCUUCAUAACCAUCCUCAGCACAUACAUAAUCAAUCAACGCCCAUCGACCUUUCCUCUCUCGAACUACAAACAACUCAAGACUCUCUUUGCCGACCUUCAGCCCUUCUUCCAACAGACACCAACAGCAACACAGCGAACCCACCACCGCCCAUCAGGCGUAACAACCACCACCAGCAGCACCACCACCAUCAUGGCACGACAGCCCCUCCCAUCGUCGGCAAUUUCGCUUGCCGAUGGUCUGGUGUACUUCUGGCCCGGAGGCCGCCCCCAACACGAGGGCUACAUUUACUUCAUGCAAACCUCCUCCCUCUACUACGAAAACUUCUGCGCGGACUUUGGACCAUUCAACCUGGCCAUGACAGUUCGCUUUCUGAAGCGCUUUGAAGCUCUCAUGAAGAAAUCUGAGGAGACGGGCGACCCGCUCGUGUUCAUUGCGCCGGCGGAUAUGCAGGAGCGCUCCAACGCCGCUGCGCUGGUGAGCAUUGCAGUCAUGGUCCUCACAGGCAUGACACCCGAGGAAACAUGCAAACCCCUGGACGAAAUCCAGCCGCCGCUCCUCCCGUUUCGCGACGCAUCGUACCGCCCAUCCACGUUUGACCUGCACGUGCGGGACGUGGUGGCCGGCGUGUACCAGGGCCUGCUCAACGGCUUUGUGGACCUGACCACCUUCUCGCCGGAGGAGUACGACUUUUACGAGCGCAUCGAGCACGGCGACUUCAACUGGAUGGUGGCAGACAAGUUCAUAUCCAUGGCAGGCCCCCACAACCAGCGCCACAUCAACAACGGCUACCCGCACUUUGCCCCCGAGGACUUUGUCUGGUACUUUCAGCAGCACAACGUCACGGACGUGGUGCGCCUCAACGCGCCACUGUACGACCGCACCAAGUUCACCCGCCACGGCCUGCGCCACCACGACAUGUGCUUCACGGACGGCACCACGCCGCCCCCGCACAUUCUGCGGCAGUUCCUGGACGCGUGUGAGAGCGCAGAGGGCGCCAUUGCCGUGCACUGCAAGGCGGGCCUUGGUCGCACAGGCACGCUCAUGGCAUGCUACAUUAUGAAGCACUACAAGCUCACCGCCCGCGAGGCCAUUGCGUGGCUGCGCGUCGCCCGGCCAGGGUCUGUGAUUGGGCCGCAGCAGCACUACGUCGUGCAGCAGCAGCAGCACAUGUGGGAAGAGGGCGCCUCGCUCGGCGCUGAACGAAAGACGCACGCCCACCGCCCCACCUGGAUCUUGGACAUGGUGGUGGCGCCCCGGGGCUCAGGCACGCAGCAGGCAGCCACCGCCACCGCCACCGCCACCGCCACCGCAGCGCCGGCGUAUGCGGACAGCGAUGUGGACUCGGCAGCGACGAGCGAGACGGCAAGCACGGCCACCAGCGCAAGCACCACGGCGACGACCAGCCGCGUCGCAAGCACCGGCAGCAUGGACGUGCCGUCGUCAUCGCCGCAGCAGGCAACACCAACCCGUGUUGGAGCCAGCACCGCCGCCGCAGCCACCAGCAGUGACAGCAGCAGCGACGACCAUAAAGACAGCAAGGAACAGGAGGGCCAAGGAGAGCAGGAGGAGCAAGCGAAUGGACAACAAGACAAGAAGACCGCGUCCCUGCGGCUGCCUGCCGUCACCACCAAGUCCCCUCAUCAGCGUCGCACGUCGCCUCGCCGCCGCAGCGGCAGCAAAGCAGCUGCACAAGCAGCAGCAGAACCAGGCACCACCGCCACCGCCACCGCGUCACGUACUGGGCGCGUGCAGACACGCACGGCCACGACUAAAGGCGCAAGCCCUGUCGCUGGCACUCACCGGGGUGCGCGGGCGCGGGCAGCACCGGCAUCCACGUCGCCAUCGUCACCAUCGCCGUCUCUGCCCGUGUCGUCGUGGCGGGCAUCGACACGGAGGAGCACGCGCAUUGCCGAGCAGGACAACCGCAAUCGCCUCCUACGCCGAAGCAGCAGCAGCAGCAGCAGCAGCAGCGGUGAAACGGAGGGCGAUGUGCACAGGACGAUGAAGAGCGACAAGACGGCCGCUGGUGUGCGGCGCUCGCCUCGUCGUGGUGUGAAGAAGCCGACCAAACCCGCCGCCACCGCCGCAGAUAACAGCGGCGCCACUGCUGGUGCUGUGAGGGAGGGCGAUAAGGCGGAGGAGGCGUAUGAGGAGCAGCAGCGCCGCGCAAUUCAAAACGCACUUGAGCAGCGCGCGGAAGCCGCCGGCGACAACACAGGCACAGCUGUGGCCGCACGCGCCCGCAGCAAAGUUGUGGCAAUGUCGUCCGUGUCGAGCACAGCGUCGAGCGACAUCAGCAACAGGUGCAGCACAAUGCUCAGCACCAGCACCGGCAGCAGCGGCAGCAGUGCUGGCGACACGGACGUUGAUGAUGGCGUUGUUGUCGGUGAAACUGCCGUGGGCGGUGGGGAUUUGCAGCAGAAGCACGCAAAACAGGAGCCGCCACUCGGCUCGCGCCCGGCUUCAUCUGUCUUCUCAGAUACAGACGACGAACGCACGCACAUGACGCAAGGCGACGAGCUGACGAUGCGCAAGGCCCAGGCCCAGGCCCAGCGCGGGCAGCGGGUUGCCGGCAUUGCACCGCCGCCCAGCACCAUGCACACCCCAAAGCGCCGCUCCUCUGCGGUGCAUGACCUGUCCAAGACAAACCCGCGCCGGCUUGUCCCGCCAACGGAGGCCCUGUAGCUGGGUGGUUGGUUUGGUUGGCACUGGCCGGGGUUGACGUUUCUGCUGUAUGCACGUGUCUUGUUGUUUUGGUGUCGUGCAUGCACAUGUUUCCAGCUUGCGCUUUUCACUGACUCGUUUUGCUCUGUUUGAUGAUAUAACAUUGCAUUUUUUUGUAAUAUCAGUGGUCAGUGGUGCUUUCUGCAUGAUUGCUUUGAUGAUGAUGGUUGUUUUCCCUGUGUGUGUGUGUGCGUGUGUCUCAAUCUCCCUGUGGUGCGUGUUCGAACGAUGACCUUGAGUGUUUGCGCGGAAGUUUAUUGCGGCAGCCCGUGCGUUAUCUCUGCUUUGCCUUCCUUGGUGUCUUGAGGCAAAUUUGACGUGAUUCAAUUGAUUAUUUCUGCACUGCUUGUGGGAUUCCUUGGUGUUUUUGUUUGAGCUUGCAUCUCGCUUCGCUUCGUUCAGCCUGCUUUGAUUUCACCCAGUUUUGUUGUUUUGUAACUGCUGCUGUCUGAUUGACUGACGGUGAUUUAUGUCAAGCCACCCCGCCACCACAUCUUCGUUGGGGGUUGCGGUAUUUGUGUUGCUCUACGACGCGCAUGUAUGUGUGUGUGUGUGUGUUUUGUUGUUGCUCUUGUUUUUCUUGCUGUUGAUUUUCUUUUUCUUUCUCUCCGUUGCAAUUGCGUCCUGAUUUCUGGCUGGCUUUGUCGUACGCCCUCCCUUUGUGCGGACGAUGAUGGCUCAUCACGCCCAUCCCAUUCAUCAUCCUUGUGAGCAUUGAAUACCGUUGACUCG